UACUUAGUAACGUUACUGAGCCUCUUCACCUUGCAAAACCAUCCCAUCAUGUUAGACUUUUUGCCACAUAUUUAGAAUGUAUUAGAUGUUUUCUGUGUGGGUUUUUAUGUGUUUCUUUCCGUGUUCUGAGUCAUUUCAUUUCACGCGGAUGAAGCGGAAUCUUUGCUCUCACCGCGACCUCCUCCGGACAUAUUUUAUGAACGGACCAACGGAGGAACAACAUUGUAGUAAACAACGAUGACUAAAUGAGAACAUUUUUGCAUAAUUGUUGGUUUAUUAUGAUAGUUUAUGACAUGCUCUGUUUGUAGGCGUUUAAACAGUGUUAGAAUAUAGUAAAUAUGUGGAAAGGUUAUUCUGAAGGAUCUGAUCGGUUUGAAUAUUUACAAACGCUGGUGACUGAGUUUCAGGACACGGACAAUGAAGAGGCAAAGGAGCAAGUACUGGCCAACUUGGCCAAUUUUGCAUAUGACCCAAAGAACAUGGAGUAUCUAAGGGAGCUGCAAGUACCUGACCUCUUCUUGGACAUGUUGACUGAAGAGAACGAGAACUUUGUGGAAUUUGGGAUGGGAGGGUUGUGUAACCUCAGCAUGGAUCCUGAAUGCAGAGACAUCAUCCUGCAGAGCAGCGGGAUCAGCUUAGUCACAAACCGUCUUUCAAGCCAGAGGGAGGAGACUGUCCUGUCAGCUAUUACUACCCUCAUGAACCUCUCAACACCCUCGUCUCGCUCUGAGAUCACUGACCCGGCCCUCCUGCAGUGUAUGCUGCGCUUCUCCCUCUCGGAGAGUCCGCGUCUGCGCAACCUGGCUGCUGUGUUUCUGCAGGACUGCUGCACCAGGGAGCAGGUCGCCCGGGCUGAGCAGCAGAUGCAGGGACAGCAAACAGCAAUUGGUAUUCCUCUGCCCAAGGACAACUGAGGUAUUCACAUGGAAAAUGGACCCAUUUUGCUCUCUAUGAGAGUGCACACAAGUGUAAAAAGUGGCAAAAACAAAACUUUGAUCAACAUAUUUCAGCCAAACUGGUAAAAUAUGUUGUUUUAGUCACAACAGCCCUCACCGUCUUGUACUUUUUCAUUACUUUAACCUGCUGUUGUACAUAUUUGAGCAACUUGAGUUCAUUAUGCUUUUUCUAACAACAUGAGGGAAACUGAAGUGUUUAUGUAAAGCCUUAAGCGAUUGACCGCACACAGUGCAAUUGCUUGAGAGACAAAUCAGGUUAUUACUAAUAACAUUUAUAUAUAAUUUCAUGAACUCCCAAACUAUUAAAAAAGUCUGAACUAUUCAGAAAUCAGUGACUAAACCAUGCUUGUAAAAACAAGCUCACCUUCUGCAGGAUUAAUAUCACUAUCAAUUUCCCCCCAAAAAUGUACAUUCCUUUGGCUUUUAGGUGAUUUCAUAAGACCUGCUUGUAGAUGUUGGAGCAUGCUAUGGCCAGCUGGAGAAUGACCAUGUCCUGAAAUGUCAAAUCCAAACCCAAAAUAUGUAGACUAAAAACUUCUACAAUAAACCUUGAGGUUUUUUUGUAAGAGCCAAGAGUUCUGUUUGUUUUCUUCUGGGCUCUUAAGAGCUAUUUCUGGGCCGAGUCCUUCAGGUCUAGACAGCAGACGACAUCCGAUCCUGCAGUCCAGCAUCAGGUGGACUGCACAUGUGGCCUGGUCAGACUGUAGAGGAAAUUCUUUAAGGUGUUUGAGAAUGUAUGUGUGUGUGUGUGAUGCUGGCUCAUGUAUGCACCGCAAAGUAUUCAUUUUUAAAUUGGUGUGUGUUUCUGAAUGACAUUGCAUGAUUUUAGGGAGGCGUGCACCUGCCACCAAGAUCAAUAGGAAUACAUUUAUGCUUCCCGUAAAUUGAAACACCCAUGCCUGGUUUUAAUAACAAGGUAAAAAAAAGUUUAUUCCAAGUUUAUGUAAAAAGAAGAUAUUUCUGCAGGAUAAAAAAAGAACAGUAGAAACUGAUUAAACACUUUUUGUACUGAUCUUUUGGUAUAUGGUGUGUAAGACCCAGCAGCCGCAUAAGACCAUACAUUUAUCUGCAGACUGUAUUUAUUAACUGUAUUUCUAUUGCAAAUUGGGCAUUAAAGGAUUAGUCUGGUGUUA